GUCACUCAUUCAUAAACUCGACAACCAUUGCAAGACUGACCAUUGCGCGGUACACACGCUGCCAGUGAUAUUUUUAACUGAUAGUAUAACGGUACAUUGUGUUGUGAAAAUGAGCGGUAACUUUCUGACGAUACCCGGCGAGGACGCUAUGGGACGCCGGUCACGGAGUUCAUCACUAACAGACCUUAUAUCAGCAUUUGACAACAAAGCGCAGGCGCACUCAGAGUUACAGAAGAUCACAGCAUUCAGUGGGCAAUUCGACAAAAACCACAAACCCACAUUUUCCAAGGAUGAAUAUGGCAAACCUGUUCCCGGAUCUAAGACUGAAUUCAGAGGUGCUGAAGCCCAGGCCAGAGUGUGCACAGAAAUGAAAGAACUAUGUGAAAUAAUCCACGACUACGGAAAGACGCCGUGCAAAGGCCUUUUACCGCCGGAACUGAAGGGAGCGACCAAAGUUAUCUCAUUUGGAGAACUAUUCUCAAUCUACACGGUGAUCUCAGACAAACUCGUCGGACUCCUGCUGAGGACGAGAAAAUAUCAAUUAACAUAUUUCGAAGGCGAAGUCUUAUUUCAGAAACGAGAUGAUGACGUUCCUAUAUUCCUGAUGCAGCCGAUUGAAGAGAUACGUGAAUAUUGUAACAACAAAGCAUUGCAAGCCCGGCGAUCAGUGUCCCCAAUGCCAAACUAAAUUCAAU